AUGACUUGCAAAAGUCUUCAGGGUCCGGCUCUCAAUGCACUGUACUACGAGCUCGGCUGCCUCGCAUGCGUAUUCAUGUGCAUGCCCAAAAGUCUAUGGGAGAUCACCAUUGAAGAGCCUCAGAUAGACGGCCGAGGGAAGCAAUCUCAUAACAAACAUUCUUUCUGUCGUGUUAUGCGGAAAUCCGAUUGGCGCAUUCUCCAGAAGUAUCUCCCCCGUGUUCGCGUCUUGCGCUCAGACACGUAUUCUGCACACAUGAUUGUGGACGUCGGCGUGCUCAGCGCGGUGAGCUGCUACUGCGGCCCCUCCCUUCUACCAAAUAUACAGCAUCUGCAUCUUGGAGACAGGCACUUUCCCUACUUCAUGUACAUGCUGCACGACGUCGUGCUUUUUCCGCGGUUACUUCUAGGAACCCGACUCACUACGCUUGAUCUACACGGGCAUGAGUCGAAGACGUUGCCCGUUUUGACAAUCGCGGCCGAUACAUGCCCAUUUCUCAAGAGCAUCCAUAUUUCAUUCUGCGGUCGUAUCAAAGAUGAAAUCUUGGAGAUUAUUGAGGUUAUUGCAUACAGGCUGAAAAAGCUCGAGUCAAUUUAUUUGGAUCUCAAGGACGACUUCACAGUGUCCGUCCCACAGAUCCUGUCGGUACUUGCAUCGCUCUCGUUGUUAACGGACAUAAGCCUCAAGUGGUGCAUCCCCACUAAAUCUCUGCGCUCUACCUCGUCAACCAUUCCAUGGGCCGCCAUUAGGCUUCCUGCGCUCCGUAACCUUCACAUACAAGCUCAACCUCUUCAAGUCAUACAGGUGAUGAAAACCCUGCAAGAUCUUACAAGCCUCAAUCGCUUAUCAGUGAUGUUCAACGAUGUGGGCGCCGACACGGCCGUCCCCGAGGCCAUCGGCAUCAUAGCCAAGACUCUCAUUACUACUAGUGCAGCCGUCCGCGACAUAGAAAUCUUGUUCCCACAUUCGGACAACACUGGUCUGCUUCCCUUUGACGCACUCCGCCCGUUAUUUCGCUUCCACAACUUAACACGUUUCAGGGUGGAGGAAUGCCCACAUCCCGCGUGGGAUGACGCUAUGCUCGAGCAGCUAGCGCGAUCGUUCCCGAACCUUACCCACCUCAACCUACUCUGGAAUCGCUCACCAUACGUCGACAUGGGAGACGUAACGGACACCAAUAUCACGCUCCGUGGACUCGCUUCGCUGCUUCUCCACUGUCCAAAGUUUCAGAUGCUUGCCCUCGCCGUUGACGUGACCAGCUCCGAAGACCUGGAUGAUGAAGACUCCGACGUCAGCCACGUAUGCCAUACCCCGCUGACCCACUGGCAGGUCUACAACUCUGUGAUCGAGGAUGACGACGACGUCGACCUUGCCGCACGGACGCUUGCUCGCAUUGCACCCGACAUCGAAUCCUUCGUGCCGCUGGAAAUCGGCCAGGCUUGGUAUCUAGGCCAGGAUGCAGCCGUGGAGGAUAGCAUCAGGCAGUAGGAUAGGAUCGCCGAACAACUCGCAUAUCGCAGAAACGUUCGCGAGCAUUAUAUUGCCUACGCACCCAAACCUGGCUCCUAAUGAACUUCGGACUGGAGCCUUCCCGCUGAGGGUGUCUGUGGAGCAAGGGAGAAUGACGGGGGCGGGAAGCAGGGAAAGGGAUGCAGAGGCAUAUCAAGAGAUACUUAUAUUUUCCAGUUUCUCACAGCGGGUGAACGCCCAAAUCAUAACGUACGCGUACAUAGUCUG